AUGACCGAAGCCGAAAAAAGCAUCGAGACAUUAAAGGACCCAGAAUUAGUAGGCUCUGAAGAGUCAAUCUUGAAUGAGUCACAGUCCCACAUUUCCGAAGUCGAUGCUGAUGCCGAAACAGCAAAAUUGGCAGCCGAAUUAGGUAUAAAUCACAAGAAACUCAUGUGGAAGAUCGAUGUCUGUGUUGUUCCGCCAUUCUGUCUCUUAUACUUCUUCUCAUUCUUAGAUAGAGUUAAUAUCUCUAAUGCUAAUGUUUAUGGGUUGAGUGAAGAGUUGAAACUAACAGGCAACCAAUACAACACUGCCUUAACCUUAUUCUUUGUCCCAUACAUAUUCUUUGAAGUGCUUGGAAACUAUUGCAUCAAGUUCGUUAAGCCACACAUAUGGUUAUCAGGAUCAGUGUUUCUAUUUGGAGCCAUUACUGUUGGUAUGGGAUUCGCUAAAAACUUUGGAGCAUUAGCAGCAACUAGAUUCCUUUUGGGAAUGGUGGAGUCGGUGUUAUUCUGUGGUAUCUUCUACUUGUUAUCAACUUAUUAUUCAAAGCCCGAAGCACAAAGGCGGUUCUCGGCAUUCUUUUCGUGCACGGCCUUAUCAGGUGCGGCAUCAGGUGCAAUCGCUUACCGAGUCGACGAAUUAGACGGAUUGCAUGGAAUAAGCUCAUGGAGAUGGAUUUUCAUUUUGGAAGGCUGUGCCACUGUCAUUGGGAGUUUUGUGUUGUAUUUUAUUAUUGCCGAUUUCCCGGAAGAGUCUAGGUUUUUAAAUGAAAAGGAACGUGGAUUCAUUAAACAGAAAUUGGAAUGGUAUUCAGGAACAAGCUCAGCAUUUGAAAUCAAAAAUACAUGGAGAGAUGUUAUCAAAUGUCUCAAAGACUGGUUGAUAUGGUUGCCUUCAUUGUCGUAUUUUGGCUUAAUCAUUCCGUCGUAUGGUUAUGCUUAUUUCGCCGCUACAAUUAUUAAUCAGAUGGGAUACACUGCUGUUUCAGCCCAGCAGCAUUCGGUAUACCCUUGGGUUUGUGCAUUCGGGGUCAUAAAUGUUGUCGCAUUUGUUUCUGAUUACUUUAAAAGAAGAUUGCCAUUUAUUAUUGGCGCUAUGAUUGUUGCCAUUGUUGGGUUGGCUAUGAUUCUAGGAGCUACUGAUAAUCCACAAGUGAGAUAUGGUGGAUGUUUUUUGGCAGCCAGUGGAAUGUACACCGCCAUGCCUUUGAUUGUUUGUUGGGCAGCAUUGAACAAUGGAUCACACCUUCGCAAAUCUGUCGGCACGGCCUGGCAGAUUGGUUUUGGAAAUAUUGGUGGAAUAAUUGCCACUUUCAUUUUCUUAGCCAAAGACUCUCCUGUUUAUAAGCCAGGAUUGAGCACCUGCCUUGCUGCCGUGUGUUUUGCGAUGGUAACAGCAAUUGCCUACUAUUUCUAUUGUCUACACAUGAACAAGAUUAAACAAACUGAUGCUUAUAAACAAAAGUUUAAUGAAUUACCUGAGCGUGAACAAGUUAACCUUGGUGAUAGAAACCCAAAGUUUGUUUACUUAUAUUAA